GGGGCCGGGGCGGGCGGCGGCGGCGGCGGCGGCGGGGCGAUGCCGUUCCCCGGCGGGCUCUGGUGGCUGCUGUGCUGCCGGCAGGGCUUCACGCUGCUGCGGCGCGACUACGGCGAGGCGGACCGGGAGGCGGACGGCGAGGCCGAGGAGGAGGCGGCGUCCUUCGAGCUCCGCGCACAGGGCGACCAGGGAUCCCUGGAGGUGAGCCUGAGCCAGCCCACCCGCACCAGCAGCGGCUCGGAGCGGUCCCUGCUGGUGUCGGAGGAGAUGCGCAGCCUCAUUGCGGAGAAGGGACCGGGGCCAGUGGAGGACGAGCCUGAUGCUCUGGUGAAAGGCUGGCUGCAGCGGGAGGUGCGGGGCGGCACGAAGACCCCCUGGCUCCGGCCGCGGAAGUACUGGUUCGUGCUGACGCCCGACUCCCUGGACUACUACAGCAGCAGCGAGAAGGGGGCCAAGCGGCUGGGCUCCCUGGUGCUCACCAGCCUCUGCUCCGUGCUCUGGCCCGACAAGCAGACCUACAAGGAGACAGGCUACUGGAGCGUGACGGUGUUCGGCAGGAAGCACUGCUACCGCCUGUACGCGGAGCGGCUCGGCGAGGCCGCGCGCUGGGCGCGCGCCGUGCAGCGGGUCAUCGAGAGCAAGGCCCCGGUGCAGACGCCCACGCAGCUGCUCAUGCGGGACGUGGAGGAGCACGGCGGCAGCGCCGAGGCCCUGGAGCAGAUCUACCGCUGCAACCCGAUCCUGCGCUACACCAGCAGCCCUCUCUACGCGCCGCUGCUGCCCUUCCCCUACGGCGGCCCGGACCCGCGCGCCCCCGGCGCCCGCGGCUACGCCGCGCCGCGCGACGAGGCCGUGAGGCUCUUCAACUCGCUGCAGCAGCUGGAGUCGGAGCGGGACCCGGCGCCGCUGAUCCAGGGCGUCCUGCAGACCUGCCUGGACCUGCCGCCGCUGGUGGACGAGGUCUACUGCCAGCUGGUGAAGCAGACGACGGAGCCGCCGGCGCCGGGCGGGCCGGGCGACCUGCGCUACUGGCAGCUGCUCACCUGCAUGAGCUGCACCUUCCUGCCCUCGCCGCCCGUGCUGCGCUUCCUGCGCUCCCACCUGGACAGGACCGAGCGCCGGGCGCCUGCCUCGGAGACGGCCAGGUACGCCGGCUUCAUCCGGGCGGCGCUGGGCAAGACGCAGGGGCGGGAGUGCGUGCCCUCGCUGGACGAGAUCCUGGUGCUGACGCGGCGGCAGGAGAUGGUCUGCACCGUGCACUGCCCCGGGGCGGCCGCCUGCCGCGUGGCCAUCAGCUCCCACACCACCGCCGCCGAGGUGGCCCAGGAGCUGGUGCGGCGCCUGGGGCUCUCGCAGAGCCCCAACCUCUUCGCGCUCUACGAGCAGUCGCGGCUGCGGGAGCAGCCCGUGGGCAGCGCCACGCUGCUGGCCGACGUCCUCACCAGGUUUGAAAACCUGGCCGGGCAGGAGCGGGAGCAGGACCCGCCGUGCAGGCUCUGCUUCAAGCACUACGGCUUCCUGGACACGGAGAACGUCCCGCGCGACAGCCUGGAGUUCGCCCUGCUCUUCGAGCAGGCGCACGAGAUGGUGCUGCGGGGCCGGGUGCCCGCCUCGGAGGAGACGCUGCAGACGCUGGCGGCCCUGCGCCUGCAGAGCCUCAGCGGCGACUUCUCCACCCACGCGCCCUGCCCGCGCCUGGAGGAGCUGUUCCCGGCCGGAGCGCUGCGCGCCCGCCUGCGGGCCGCCCGGCCCCCGGCGCCCCCGGCCCGCCGCCCCGGGGCCCGGCUGCGCGCGGGGCUGCUGGCCGGCGGGCUCUGGGGCCAGGCGCUGGCCAAGCAGCGCGCCGAGCGGGACCAGCGCCUGCGGGGCCGCCUGCGGGAGGAGGGCGCCGCCGUCCUGGCUGGCAUCGUGGAGAAGUGGAAGCUGCUGCAGGGCAUGGGCCGGCCCGAGGCCGUGGCCGCCUACGUGGCGCUGGUCCGCGAGUGGCCCGGCUUCGGCUCCACGCUCUUCGACGUGGAGCUGCGCGGGAGCCCGCCGGCGGCCACCCAGCGCCUGUGGCUGGGCGUCGGGGCCAAGGCCGUGUCGCUCUACAAGCCGGGCGAGCCCGAGCCCCUGGACACCUUCUGCUACGGCCGCAUCUCCUCCUUCGGCGCCUCGGGCGGCAGCACCUUCCGCCUCUCCCUGGAGGACCGGGACCUGCUCUUCGAGACCUCCCAGGUGGAGGAGAUCGCCCAGCUCCUCGGCACCUACCUGGCCGUGCUGGGCGCCCGGCGCCCGCCCCACGCAGAGGAGCCGACCGGCAGCCACGCGCCCAAGCCCGCCCUGGCGCCCGAGCCCUGGCCGCACCGGCCGCCCUCGGGCACCUUCCUCAGCUAGCUCGGCGCCACCGCCGCGGGAUGCUCCGGACAGCCCGGCCGGGAGGGCGGCCCUCUCCUUAAUUUAUUUUGAGAUGCUGCGUUGCCUGGUGGGGCCCUGCCGUGCCACGGGGCGCCUCGGGCUCCCCGGGCCCCUCUGCCCUUGCAGGCCAGCCCCAUCCCCGGCUCCAUCCCUGACCGUCCCAGCCUUUGCGUCCAGCACGGCACUGCCCAGGGGGCCGUGCCCGCGCUCUGGCCGCGGGGCAGCGUGCGGUGCCGCGGCCCCUCCGGCCGUCUGUCGCCCACCUGACCCUCCUGGAAAGCUGCGGGCAGCUUUCGGCCCCACUGGCGCCGGAGACAGUGGGUUCGCGGGGCCGGGCGGCUGGCCGGGGCUUGGCCCCUCGGCAUUGCCUCUGUAAAGUUUGUCAGUUCAGUCUUUUGGGGGGAGGUGGGAGGGGGCGUUUUUCUAAA